AUGGACUUUGAGAUUGAGCAGCACACAUUCGAGUCCCCGACCCAGCGAAGGAUCGCAGCUACCGACUGGAAUGGUCCCGAUGAUCCAGACAACCCACGGAAUUUUCCCUUCCGGACGCGAUGCGUCUGCAUCAGUAUCCUGACCCUAUUAGCGUUUAUAAGCGCGUUUGCAGGCGCCAUUUAUGCGCCGGCCGUGGACGAGAUAAUGACCAUCUUCAAUUGCAGCUACGAGGUGGCUGUACUGCCUCUAACUUUGUACAACCUAGGCUUGUCUUUUGGUCCCAUCGUAGGAGCACCCCUCUCGGAACAGUACGGCAGAAGAGCAGUCUUUGUGUUUACUACGCCAAUCUUCAUUCUUUUCAUGGUCGGUGCCAGUUUCUCUCGAACCCUACAAGCCUUGAUCGUCUGUCGAUUCUUCGCAGGCAUGUUUGCCUCGCCAAACAUCAACAAUGCAUCCGCAACCAUUCUAGACUACACCGCGGAGCGAUAUCGAGGGACGGUUCUGGGGAUUUACUACUCUAUACCAUCGGAAGCAGCCAACUUGGCACCGCUCAUUGGCGGAUUCGUCGUUCGAGCAACAAACUGGCGCUGGACACAGUGGGUGGCAAUCGUGGUGGCAAUUACAAUCUACGUACCGACGCUUUUCACCCCAGAGACCUAUAAGCGCAAGAUCCUCGAACGGCGUGCAAGAAAACAGGGUCUAGAGGAUGCAUUCUCUCGCAGAUCAUCACCCGGCAAAGCUAUCCGAUAUUUCUUCCUCGUCCUCAUUCAACGACCACUACACAUGCUUUUCACAGAGCCCAUAGUACUUUUCGUCAGCCUGUACAAUGGGCUCAUCUUUGGACUCAUCUACGCUUUCGUUACUUCUGUGCCGUGGAUCUUUGAGACCUACUACGGCUUUGACGGCCCAGCCCAGUCACUGUCUUAUCUUGGUCUGUCUAUUGGUACUGGGAUUGCGUGUCUUCCUUUUGCACUCAUCGACAUAUACUAUUAUCAGCGUCGGAUAGACUCGUAUCGGCUUCACCACGGUGCGAGCAGCAGAUUACCCCCAAAACAUCGACUGGUGUCGUCGCUCAUAGGCAGCGCUCUGAUUCCCAUUGGACUAUUUGUCUCGGGCUGGGCUGCAGAAAGGCGGGUUCACUGGAUGGUCACAAUCACUUUUCAAGGUGUAACAAUGACGGGGUCGCUGUUGGUCUAUGCUGGCGCGAGCUUGUUCAUGCUGGACUCAUAUGGUCCUCUCUACGGCGCGUCUGCCUCGAGUUCAACCAUGCUGAGUCGAUACAGCCUAAGCACAGCAUUUCCCAUGUUUGCACUACAGAUGUUUCAGGUGUUGGGGGCUGGAUGGGGAACAUCGUUGCUUGCAUUUUUGUCAUUGCUCAUGGCUCCUAUACCAUGGUGCUUUUGGAUAUGGGGUGAGAGCUUGAGACGAAGAAGCAAGUACGAGAUUAGUCAGUAA